CGUAUUACGUAGUGACACCCUCCCGCUACCUGGACUCACCAGUGACAGCGGCGGAGGAGGAGCCUAUCACUUGAGAAAGAAAAGCGCCUCCUCAUCUCUGAAGCGCCGCUAAAACUUUCCAGUGGCAGCAGCGAGCCAGUCGCCUCGAUCCGGACCCAGACUUCGAUUAGCAUGGCCACCCCGCUGAGCGACCAGGAGAAGCGCAAGCAGAUCAGCAUCAGGGGCAUCGUGGGCGUGGAGAACGUGGCCGAGCUGAAGAAAGGUUUCAACCGUCACCUGCACUUCACCCUGGUGAAAGACCGGAACAUCGCCACCCCCAGGGACUACUACUUCGCCCUGGCCCACACCGUCAGGGACCACCUGGUGGGGAGGUGGAUCAGAACCCAGCAGUUCUACUACGAAGCAGACCCCAAGAGAGUCUACUACCUGUCUCUGGAGUUCUACAUGGGGCGCACCCUUCAGAACACCAUGAUCAACCUGGGCCUGCAGAACGCCUGCGAUGAAGCCAUCUACCAGCUGGGCUUGGACAUGGAGGAGCUGGAGGAGAUGGAGGAGGACGCGGGCCUGGGCAACGGAGGCCUGGGCAGGCUUGCAGCGUGCUUCCUGGACUCCAUGGCCACUUUGGGACUGGCGGCGUACGGUUACGGCAUCCGCUACGAGUACGGCAUCUUCAACCAGAAAAUUAGGGACGGCUGGCAGGUGGAGGAGGCGGACGAUUGGCUGCGCCACGGAAACCCCUGGGAGAAGGCCCGCCCCGAAUACAUGCUGCCCGUCCACUUCUACGGACGAGUGGAGCAGACGGCGCACGGCCCCAAGUGGGUCGACACGCAGGUGGUGCUCGCCAUGCCCUACGACACGCCCAUCCCAGGCUACAUGAACAACACGGUGAACACCAUGAGGCUGUGGUCCGCCCGCGCCCCCAACGACUUCAACUUGAGAGACUUUAACGUAGGAGAUUACAUCCAGGCCGUGCUGGACCGAAAUCUGGCUGAGAACAUUUCCCGCGUGCUCUACCCCAACGACAACUUCUUCGAGGGCAAAGAGCUGCGCCUGAAGCAGGAGUAUUUUGUGGUGGCGGCCACGUUGCAGGACAUCAUCCGCCGCUUCAAGACCACCAAGAAGGGCGGCCCGGCUCGCGUGUCCUUCGAGAGCUUUCCCGAGAAAGUCGCCAUUCAGUUGAACGACACCCACCCCGCCAUGGCCAUCCCUGAACUCAUGAGGAUCUUUGUGGACAUGGAGAAGCUGGACUGGGACGUGGCCUGGGACCUGACCAAGCGCACCUUUGCCUACACCAACCACACGGUUCUCCCCGAGGCGCUGGAGCGCUGGCCCGUGGAGCUGAUGGAGACCCUGCUGCCCAGACACCUGCAGAUCAUCUACCAGAUCAACCAGAUCCACCUGGACAGGAUCGCGUCCCUCUUCCCCAAAGACAUGGACAAGCUGAGGAAGAUGUCCCUGAUCGAAGAGGAAGGAGGCAAGAGGGUGAACAUGGCGCACUUGUGCAUCGUGGGCUCCCACGCCGUCAACGGAGUCGCUCAGAUACACUCCAACAUCAUCAAGACUGAAGUCUUCCGUGACUUCAGUGAGCUGGAGCCGCAGAAGUUCCAGAACAAGACCAACGGCAUCACUCCCAGACGCUGGCUGCUGCUGUGCAACCCCGGACUGGCUGAACUCAUCGCUGAGGUGAUCGGGGAGGACUACGUCAAGGACCUCAGCCAACUGCAGCAGCUCAGCGCCUUUGUGGAUGACGCUGCCUUCAUCCGAGACGUCUCCAAAGUCAAACAGGACAACAAGGUGAAGUUCUCCCAGUACCUGGAGGAAGAGUACAAGGUGAAAAUCAACCCGGCGUCCAUGUUUGACGUCCAUGUUAAGAGGAUCCACGAGUACAAGCGACAGCUGCUCAACUGCCUGCACAUCAUCACCAUGUACAACCGCAUCAAAAAGAACCCGACGGCGCCUUUCGUACCUCGAACAGUAAUCAUCGGAGGAAAGGCCGCUCCUGGCUACCACAUGGCCAAGAUGAUCAUCAAGCUGAUCACAUCCGUGGCUGCUGUGGUCAACAGCGACCCCGUGGUCGGAAGCAAGCUGAAAGUCAUCUUCUUGGAGAACUACAGAGUCUCCCUGGCGGAGAAAGGUCUCCGGCCAACUCGACACUUUUUUUUUUUAAUGCUCUUUAAAUUUCGGUGGCAAGUGUUUUCUCAGGCUGUGCACGUUUCCCCCUCAGUGAUCCCGGCCACAGAUUUGUCAGAGCAGAUCUCCACGGCGGGCACCGAGGCCUCGGGGACGGGUAACAUGAAGUUCAUGCUGAACGGCGCACUCACCAUCGGCACCAUGGACGGCGCCAACGUGGAGAUGGCCGAGGAGGCGGGCGAGAAGAACCUCUUCAUCUUUGGCAUGAGGGUGGAAGACGUGGCGGAACUCGACAAGAAGGGAUAUGAUGCCAUGUCUCACUACAAGAAGAUCCCUGAGCUGAAACAAGUGAUGGACCAGAUCACGAGUGGUUUCUUCAGCCCCAAGAAUCCUGAUUUAUUCAAAGACUUGACCGAGAUGCUCUUCAAACACGACCGGUUCAAAGUGUUUGCAGACUUUGAAGCAUAUCUGAAAUGCCAAGAGAAAGUCAGCAAACUCUACCAGAAACCCAAAGAGUGGACCAAGAUGGUGGUGAAGAACAUCGCGGCCACUGGAAAGUUCUCCAGCGACAGAACCAUCGCCGAGUACGCCACCGAGGUGUGGGGGGUGGAGCCCACCGACCUCAAGAUCCCCCCACCCAACGAGCCCAGAGAGGCCAUUGAGGAAACCGCCCGAGCGCUCAAGAAGAUGUGACGUUGUUCCACGCCCCCCAAAGCCAGGAAGUAACACACGUUAUGUUUACGCUUUUUUUUUUUUUUUUUUUUUAA